UUAUCACUGUUCUUCUUUCUCUGGUCAGCUAGAGCCACUUCUAUAUUUUACAUGUGAUAGCGUGUGCGAGUAUAUUGUUUGUGCAAUUGAAACAGUUCAUUCAGAUUUAUUAUAAUAAGAAAUACAAAAAUAAUUCAAAACGAGUGUUAAAUAUUCUGCUUGCUAGUACUGUAUGUGAAAAAAAAUAAUUUGAGUUGGCAGUGUUGUCGUUUUAGUGAUGUAAUAAGUAAUAUUUGUAUUGCUUUGUAAUGUGAAAUGCGAGCGUUUGUAACUGGCCUUUACAAAUGCUGUUGAGCGAAAGCGGGUUUCUUAAUAUCAUGCACAUUUUUCUUUCUUAAGUUAAUUAUAGUUUUUUUUAUGUUGUGUGGUGAGUGAGCCCUAAUGGAACGACAGACGAGUCUUGAAGAAGAUUGUUAUGAGGAACCCGGAACGUUAGACUUCAGUAGCCAUAGCUAUGCUUUUACAGAAGCAACGGUUCGGAAUGGCCAAAUUGUUGUACAUUAUGAUGAUUUAAGUAAGCCAUUUUCUAUGACAUCUGAAGAAGAAGUCAAAUACCAAAACUUCUUGAAACUUGCCUCUGCAGAAGCAAUGGAAGAAUUAGAUGUUGGUGAAGAAGAUGCAUAUAUAUCCAGCACUCAAAAGCAAGACAUUUCCAAGAUGUAUGAAGACUUUGAGGAGAAAGCUAAGCUUGAAGCUGAAUGGAAAGAAGAAUUGUCUAAGAUUGAUGAUGAAAUUUUGGCCAUUCGUCAAGUAAUGGAAUACAAGUUGAAACGUUCUCAAGAACUAAAACAGAAACUAGGAAUCACUCCUUGGGUGGAAUUUAAAGAAGAUAUGGAGCAAGGGAUCAGACACAUUCAAGAAAGUUGUCAGAAGACUAGUCAAAAACUAAAGAAUGCUGGAGAAAGAACUUCCACAGCUUUUGGUAACAUUGGAACAAGCAUGAGUAAAAAGUUUGAAGAAGUCAAAAACUCCCAGACCUACAAAGCAAUUGAAGAGAAAGUGGAAACUGCUUAUGAAAAUGUUAAGAUAAAAAUGUAGUAUUCAGGUUUACUGAUGUCUAGCAAAAAAGCCAAAAGAUUCUGCAAAAUGGGGAUCCAGAACUGUCAAGUGAAGAAUAAAUUGAACAUGAACAGUAAAGGAAAACAAGUGUAGUUUUAAACAAAAAUUCGUUAUUAACAAACACAAUGUUAUGUCAAUAAAUCUGACUGGGCUUAUUCUUUUGAGUAACCUGGCUGCUGGGAUUGAGCACGACAAAACAAGAGAUAAAAACCAAGAGUAAUAGAGAUCAAAAUCAAGAGACUAAACUGAGAUUAUACCUGACUUAAAUAUCCUGUAAAAACAAAGAAAGUCAAGUAUUCCACAUGUUACAUAUGCUUAGAGGUUUUUGUAUUGCCUUUUCAAAUAGGUUACUUUUGAAGACAAACACAUACACACUAGCUUGAGACUUUUGAACAAAGGUUGCGGUAUGUGGCAUUUGCUUGUGUAAAAUGAUUAGCAUAUGUUUACAACCUUGAAACAUAAGGUUAGUAAAACUGUCAACUACAUGCAGAAAUUGCAAAGAAAUUUAGAAAAAAUAUUAUACGAAUAUACCCGAAUAAAGAUAUAUUCUAUACUAGUUAUGGAAAUGUAAAAUUCAUGACUAUUUCAUUCAUAACACAGGUUUUAGACUAGUAUCUAGUCAAGCUGGAAAGUUGUGAAUACAUUGGUGACUUUGUUCAAUUUGUAAGAAAAUGAAUACGAGUUAAAGAAUAAAUAGUUACUACUAUUUGAUCAGUGUAGUUUAUAAAGUUAAAAAAUCUCGUAUAAGCAAGUAAUAUUUUGUUAGUUUAGUAGGAUUAUUGUAUUAGUAAGAUUUCUUUCAUGUUUUUUGAACAGUUAAUUCUUGGGAAAAAGAUACAUUUCAAACUUUUCUAGACUGUUUUUUGCAUCUUAGAAACUAAGGCGUUGAAUGGCUUUAUGAAUUAUUGUAGUAUUUAUUUAAAAUUUGUAUUUAUAGCACAUUUUAUUUACUUUUACUGUAUUUCUUCAAUACUUAAAAUUUUCAUACCACUCAAGAACUCUUGAAAAAGCCUUCAAAUAGGUUGAAAGAUCACUGGGAUUUUACUUUCAAAGUAAAACUUCAAUACAAAAUGGGAUAACUCUGCCACUAUUAAUUUCCCAUGCUUGAAAUGGACCAAAAACAAUAUUAACAUUGCACUUUCAAAAAGUGUUUAUGGAAAAAUAUCAGUAUAUUGUUUUGGUUUUACUUUGAAGAGAAAAUAAUUGUUAUGAAAUCAUGCUUAUUUUCAAAUAAUUACUUGCAUUCUGAAAUGAGAAUAUUGAUAUUUAUAAGUUUAAACAUACUACCAAUUUUUACAGAUUUGCAGAUGCUUUCAUUUUAACUUUGGUAAAACUUGUUACUUAAUAAAUUCAUUUAGAAAAAAAGCAAUAUUUAAAAAGAAUUGUAUAUAUUGGGGUUCAAUGGGUGUGGUUCAACUUAAAGCAGAAUGCUUACAAAAGUUUGCUUAAGUUAGUUUUAUAGACAAAAAAACAACAACAAAUGUUCCUGUUACUCAAUAAUUUUCCUUAUAUAUGUUUUCAACUAAUUUUUAUUUGAUUUACCAAAUUAAUAUGUUUUUACAUGAUACCAAAAUUUAAUUUUGUUGGGAUUAUUCUUGAGUAUUGCAUAAUAUGUGUGUGUGUGUGUGUAAAUAAUUUUAAAGUCCACUU